AUGAGUUCCGGCAGUACCGGAGUGAAGGAAAGCCAGAACUCCUACAGCGUCUUCUCCAGACGAGGCGUUCCGGCCCCGGCCAAUGGGAAGAAGCGUCCAUCAGAGGAGGGUGAGGGCAGGCGCACGCGUCCACACGGGUACAAACCCAAGAAGCGAAAGACGACCGCGCCGCCCAAGAACGCCCUGACGCGUCUGAACGAGCUGAGGCCCGGGCUGCCGUACCGGCUGGAGUCCCGGAGCGGUCCGGUCCACGCGCCGCUCUUCGUCAUGAGCGUGGAGGUGGACGGCCGGAUGUUUCGGGGCUCCGGGCCUAACAAGAAGAGCGCCAAGCAGGACGCGGCAGAGACGGCUCUUCGCUCCUUCAUCCAGCUCCGGACUCCGACAUCCGACUUCACCUCGAACCGGGUGGACUUCACCUCGAGCCGGGUGGACUUCACCUCGAACCGGGCUGACUUCACCUCGAGCCGGGUGGACUUCACCUUGGACUGGGUCGACUUCUCGCAUGCGCUCUUCAACGCCUCUGAGACGUCCGUGCCUCCAGACAACCCCUCUCACGGUUCUGUCAGAGCCGCAGGGUCAGAAUUAUCCGCCCCGAUCCCCCGCAAGAACCCCAUCAUGACCCUGAACGAACUGCGGCCCGGACUCCAGUACCGCCUGCUGUCGGAGAGUGGGCGGAGCCACGCCAAGAACUUUGUAGUGUCGCUGGUGGUGGAGGGUCGGACCUUCCGUGGUUCCGGACGGAACAAGAGGCUGGCCAAGGCCCGGGCGGCACAGGCCGCCCUGACGGCCCUGUUUCACCUGCAGCCGGACCUGGAACCGUCACGGCAGCCCGUCCCCCGAGAGGGUCCACAGCUCCACCUGCCACAGGUCCUCGCCGACACCGUUUCUCGUCUCGUUGUUGACAAGUUCGGUGAACUGACCGACAACUUCACGUCUCCGCAUGCGCGACGGAAAGUCCUGGCCGGCGUCGUCAUGACAACAGGCCCGGAUGUGCGGCAGGCUCAGGUCAUCUGUGUGUCCACGGGGUCAAAGUGCAUCAGCAGCGACCACCUGAGCCGCCGCGGCCUGGCUUUGAACGACUGCCACGCCGAGGUGGUGGCUCGCCGCUCCGUGGUCAGAUUCCUGUACUCCCAGCUGGAGGUCUUCCUCUGUGACGAUGAAGAUGAGCACCAGAGGUCUGUGUUCAUGAGGAGCGAGGACGGCCGAGGCUUCCGCCUGAGAGACGGCGUCCAGUUCCACCUGUACGUCAGCGCCUCGCCGUGCGGAGACGCCCGGAUCUUCUCUCCUCACGAGGUGGCAGUGGAUGGAGCCCACGGAGGAGACGAUCAGGCACACAGGCCUCCAGCCAGGAAGACCCGCGGUCUGCUGCGCACCAAGAUCCAGUCCGGUGAAGGAACCGUUCCGGUUCCGGUGGCUUCUGGAAGCUCCGGGGUGGUUCAGGGGGAGAAGCUGCUCACCAUGUCCUGCAGCGACAAGCUGGCCAGGUGGAAUGUUCUCGGCUUCCAGGGCUCCCUGUUGACCUUCUUCACCCGGCCCAUCUACUUCUCCAGCGUCAUCCUGGGCAGCCUGUACCACGCCGACCACCUGUCCAGAGCCGUGUACCGUCGGCUCAGCGGCGUGGAGCUGCCCAGCGGCUCCUUCGUCCUCAACCGCCCUCUGCUCAGCGGAAUCAGCGACGUGGAGGCCCGUCAGCCGGGGAAGGCUCCGGACUUCAGCGUCAACUGGGCCGUCGGAGAUCCGGGGUUAGAGGUCGUCGACGCGACCACGGGGAGGGACGAACUGGGUCCACCGUCCAGACUCUGCAAACAUCAGCUAUACAGCCGCUGGAGGCGUCUGCACUGCAGGCUGUCCUCCCUGCUGAGGAUUCGAACCGGGACUCCUGGCAGCUACUACCAGGCCAAGCAGUGUGCGGUGGAGUACCACAGCGCCAAGCAGGCGGUGUUCCUGGCGUUCCUGCGGUCCGGACUGGGCUCCUGGCUGAAGAAGCCUCCGGAGCAGGAGCAGUUCGGAACCUGGAGUCCCUGA